UCGCCUCCGAGCGUCCAGACCGGGAUGGCGGCCGUUUUGGAGUCGCUGCUGCGAGAGGAGCUGUCGGUCGCAGCCGCCGUGCGGUGGAUCGCGCGCAGCGCCCAGAGUCCGGAGGAUGACCCCGGGGAGGCGGCCGCGCUGAGCUCACUUCGGCCACUGCGGAAGGAAUUCGUGCCAUUCCUGCUGAACUUCCUGAGGGAACAGAGCAGCCGUGUCCUCCCGCAGGGCCCCCCAACCCCCGCCAAGGCCCCGGGCUCCUCGGCAGCCUUGCCAGGGAGACCCGGGGGCCCGCCGCGGGGCGGACGCGGGGCGCGCAGCCAGCUCUUCCCUCCGAUGGAGCCUUCCAGCGCCACCGCCGCUGAGGCCCCUUCGGCCCGCCGUGGGGGCAGGAGGCGGGGCCCGGGGCCGGCCCGAGAGCGAGGAGGGCGCGGCCCCGGGGGCCUGGAGGAGGGGGUCAGCGGGGAGAACCUGCCCUGGGCCGGGGGUCGGAGGCCCAAGAGCUCUGGCAGCCCCGGCAGCCCCAGGCUCGCGCGCUCUGAUCCGCCAAACCUCAGCAACCUGGAGGAGUUCCCUCCCGUAGGCUCGGUUCCCCCCGGCUCUGCAGGCAGGACCAAGCCUUCACGCAGGAUCAACCCAACUCCGGUGAGCGAAGAGCGGUCACUCUCCAAGCCCAAGACUUGCUUCACCUCACCCCCAAUCAACUGUGUCCCCAGUUCCCAACCCUCAGUCCUGGACACUAGCCCUUGGGGCCAUGGCCUUCCCCCAGGGUGCAGAAGUCUGCAAGAGGAGCGGGAGAUGCUCAGGAAGGAGCGCUCUAAGCAGCUGCAGCAGUCACCUGCUCCCACCUGUCCCACCCCAGAAUCAGGGUGUCCUCACCCCAGCCGGACAGGAAACCUCACAGCUGAACCUGCUGACCCUGCCAGAGUAUCUUCCCGCCAGCGUCUGGAGCUGGUAGCCCUUGUCUACUCUUCAUGCAUUGCAGAGAACCUGGUACCAAACCUCUUCUUGGAGCUUUUCUUCGUCCUUCAGCUCCUUACUGCCCGGAGGAUGGUGGCUGCCAAGGACAGUGACCUUGAACCAAGUCCAGGAGCCGUAGAUUCCCUGGAAAGCCCCCUGUUCCAGAGUGUCCAUGAUUGUGUCUUCUUCGCAGUGCAGGUUUUGGAGCAUCAGUUUCAUGUACUUUCCCACCUGGACAAAGGGACCCUGAAGUUGUUGGCUGAGAAUGAACGGCUAUUGUGCUUCUCACCAGCUCUGCAAGGCCGCCUCCGAGCUGCCUAUGAGGGCAGUGUUGCCAAGGUCUCUCUGGCGAUGCCACCUUCUGCUCAAGCUGUCUCCUUUCAGCCAGAAACUGAUAAUCGUGCCAACUUCUCCAGUGACCGAGCCUUUCAUACUUUUAAAAAACAGAGGGAUGUGUUUUAUGAGGUGCUUCGAGAGUGGGAAGAUCGCCAUGAGGAGCCUGGCUGGGAUUUUGAGAAGGGCUUGGGCAGCAGGAUCAGAGCCAUGAUGGGUCAACUCUCUGCAGCCUGCAGCCACAGCCAUUUUGUUCGACUUUUCCAAAAACAACUUCUCCAGAUGUGUCAGAGUCCUGGUGGUGCUGGAGGCACUGUCUUGGGUGAGACUCCGGAUGUGUUAAAUAUGCUUGGAGCUGACAAGCUGGGGCGGUUGCGGCGCCUACAGGAACGGCUUGUGGCCCCUCAGAGCAGUGGGGGGCCCUGUCCACCCCCUACCUUCCCAGGCUGUCAGGGCUUCUUCAGGGAUUUCAUCUUGAGUGCCAGCAGCUUCCAGUUUAAUCAGCAUCUCAUGGAUAGUCUGAGUUUGAAGAUCUGGGAGCUCAACAGCCUUGCCCUGCCUCAGCCUGAGCCCAGUGAAGAAGACGGGGAGUCAGACGUGGACUGGCAGGGUGAACGGAGGCAGUUUGCUGUGGUGCUGCUCAGCCUGAGGCUUCUGGCUAAAUUCCUGGGCUUUGUGGCUUUCCUGCCAUACCGGGGGCCUGAACCACCCCCAACCCGUGAGCUCCAGGACUCCAUUCUGGCCCUGAGGAGCCAGGUGCCCCCGGUCCUGGAUGUGCGGGCUCUGCUGCAGCAGGGGCUGCGGGCCCACCGAGCAGUGCUCACGGUGCCCUGGCUGGUGGAGUUCCUUUCCCUUGCUGACCACAUUGUCCCCAUGCUGGACUAUUACCGCAGCAUCUUCACUCUUCUGCUGCACUUGCAUCGGAGCUUGGUUUUGUCAAAGGAAAAUGAAGGGGAGAUGUGUUUCCUGAACAAGCUGCUGCUGCUUGCUGUCCUGGGUUGGCUUUUCCAGAUUCCGACAGUCCCUGAGGACCUGUUCUUUCUGGAAGAGGGUCAGUUGGAUGCCUUUGAGGUGGACACAGUAGCUUCAGAGCAUGGCUUGGACAGCAUGCCUGUGGUGGACCAGCACCUGCUCUACACUUGCUGCCCCUAUAUUGGAGAGCUCCGCAAACUGCUUGCUUCAUGGGUGUCAGGCAGCAGUGGGCGAAGUGGGGGCUUCGUCAGGAAAAUCACCCCCACCACCACUGCCGGCCUGGGAGCCCAGCCACCCCGGAUCACGCAGGGGCUGCAGGCACAGCUGGCCCAAGCCUUUUUCCACAACCAGCCGCCCUCUCUGCGCAGGACCGUGGAGUUUGUGGCAGAGAGAAUUGGCUCUAACUGUGUCAAGCAUAUCAAGGCCACACUGGUGGCAGAUCUGGUGCGCCAGGCAGAGUCGCUUCUUCAAGAGCAGCUGGUGACGCAGGGACAGGAAGGGGGAGAUCCAGCCCAGCUGUUGGAGAUCUUGUGUUCCCAGCUGUGCCCCCACGGGGCCCAGGCAUUGACCCAGGGGCGGGAGUUCUGCCAAAAGAAGAGCCCUGGUGCCGUGAGGGCAUUGCUUCCUGAGGAGACCCCGGCAGCUGUUUUGAGCAGCGCAGAGAACAUUGCUGUGGGGCUUGCAACAGAGAAAGCCUGUGCUUGGUUGUCAGCCAACAUCACAGCACUGAUCAGGAGGGAGGUGAAAGCGGCUGUGGGUCGCACGCUUCGAGCCCAGGGUCCUGAGCCGGCUGCCCGGGGGGAGCGGAGGGGCUGCUCCCGUGCCUGUGAGCACCACGCUCCCCUCCCCUCCCACCUCAUCUCCGAGAUAAAAGAUGUGCUGUCUCUGGCCGUGGGGCCCCGGGACCCUGAGGAGGGAGUUUCCCCAGAGCAUCUGGAGCAGCUGCUAGGCCAGCUGGGCCAGAUGCUACAGUGCCGCCAGUUCCUGUGCCCACCUGCUGAGCAGCAUCUGGCAAAGUGCUCUGUGGAGUUAGCAUCCCUCCUUGUUGCAGAUCAAAUUCCUGUCCUAGGGCCCCCGGCACAGCACCAGCUGGAGAGAGGGCAGGCUCGGAGGCUCCUGCUCAUGCUGGUUUCCCUGUGGAAGGAUGACUUUCAGGUGCCGGUUCCGCUGCAGCUGCUGCUGAGGCCAAGAAACGUGGGGCUUCUGGCAGACACUCGGCCAAGGGAGUGGGACCUGCUGCUGUUCUUGCUCCGGGAGCUGAUAGAGAAAGGUCUGAUGGGACGGAUGGAGAUAGAGGCCUGCCUGGGCAGCCUCCAUGAGGCCCAGUGGCCAGGGGAUUUCUCUGAAGAAUUAGCAACACUGUUCAACCUGUUUCUAGCUGAACCCCAUGUGCCAGAACCCCAGCUAAGAGCUUGUGAGCUGGUGCAGCCAAACCGUGGGACUGUGCUGGCCCAGAGCUAGGGCUGGGAAGUGGCCCUACCUUGGGCAUCUUGCCAGAGCGCUGGAACCCAGCCUGACUGCACCUCGGGAGGAGGCCCCAGAGCCAACCCAAGUGCCCACUCUGACCCUUGCUGGUGUGGAAGUAGCUCAGUCUGUCAUCAGGCUUCCCGCUCAAGUGUGAAGGAAGAGAGUAGCUGCCUGGCAUCCCAGUGACUGCAGGCUCAUCCUCCCAAGUCCCAGAGGAAGAAGGAGGGGUCACCUGAUUCAGGAUUAUGGUGGAAAAACCUAGAGACUCCAGUCCUGGAGAAGAAGAGUUGGCAUUCAUUACUGGGAUACUAGACGAAAUGACGUGGGGGCGUGUCAACACAAGAUCGGAGCCCCACGUGCUGCUAUCCCCAGCACCUCUUCGAGCUUUGUGGUCUGGGAAAUCAUGAGAGGCAAGUGACUUCUGCUUAACUUGUGAGUAAAGUUAAACGUGAAUCUUGGGAGUCUACAUUUUCUUACCACCAGGAGCUGGACUGCCAUCUCCUUAAAAACGUACAACAGAUGUGGGGCUCGCCCGACAGAAACCCGCCUUUUACCUGCACCCCGCCUGCCUUCGGUCCCGUGCAGGUAGUAACUGUACUCUGGCUCCAUCCAGGGGCCAAGCACGGGCAGAACGUUAGAGCUUUUUAAAAUAAACUGUUU